AUGUCUGACCAUUACUCUCCUACCUCUCCAGUGUCUCCAUCCUCAGAACUAGCGAGCCCGCUCAGCUUCUCCAGCCUGCGGUCCUCUAAGUCGCUCAACCGACGACGAGCCGAUUCUGGGGUUACGUUCCAAGCAGCAUCGAUCCCUAAAGAGCACAAGCAGAGCUCCAAGGACCGUCUCCUCAAAGCUGCGCAGAAGUUUCACGAGGCGGACUCAACGAUCUGGAGGCUGUGCGGGUAUCACACCACCGGCAUCCUCCAGGACAACACCGGGGUGUCGGUGACAAGACACGCGUAG